UCUCUCGGUCAAGCAAUAGUGUUGUGUUCCUGCCUGCUCACGGAAGGCGCCUCGCUCGCGUUUGCAGUCGAGAACUACAUUUCAGAUUUAGAUUAACUUGCCACUGGCUAGAUUCUGAAAAUUUUCCAUCCGUCUGCCUAAGACCAAUAUUACCGUAUCGAAAAUCUUCACUAAUAUAACGUCCCAUAACGAAACAAUACCCCCAAAAAGGGAGGAUUUUAACAUUCACAAUUCGUCAAAUCGAGACAAAGAUACAAAUAUCGCCUUAAGUCUAAAAGAAAUCUGAAAUCCAAAGAAGUUUCCUGAAAAGGCUCUUUCCUCACCCCCUCCCCCGCCCAGCGCUCCACCAUGCAACACCCCGCCCACCUCCUGGUCGCCGCCCUCCUCCUCCUUCUCGCGCCCGCCUCCUCGUCUUCGAAGAAAGACCACUACCGCUUCCGCUCAGACACGCCCACAGAGGAUCCCGAAUUCAGCGGCGAAGACAAUUAUUUCGGAAACAGCAUCACCCCCGCCUCUCGCUGUCGCCACAACUACCACGAGCGAACCGAAAACGCCAUCAAUCGACAGAUCAACUUGUUCCUUCACGUGGGAUACGUGUAUAACAGCAUGGCAUAUCACUUCGGGCGCUGCGACGUGGCUCUCCCGGGCUUCAACACUUUCUUCAAGCAAAUGGCCCAAGAACAGCGCGAGAAAUCCGAGUCGCUCAUGACGUACCAGAACCUUCGAGGAGGACUGGUCACCCUCCAGCAGGUGACAGCGCCGGCCACGUCGGAAUGGGGCACUGGACUCGAGGCAAUGCACCGCGCGCUCGAACUCGAGAAGAGCUUGAAUCAAGCACUGCUGGAGCUGCACAUGGUGGCACUGCAGCACGAGGACAUUCACGCUGCCACUCUCAUCCAGACCAACUUCAUCAACCCACAGGUCGAGAAGAUCUUCACCAUCAGUCAGUACAUCACCAACCUGGAGCGAGUGGGACCUGGUCUUGGCGAAUACAUGUUCGACAAACUUCCGCAGAAUUAGCUCGUAUGAAUUGCAACUAUGAUAAAUUAGGAGCGUCAGUGAUUGCAUUGUGAAGCGGGAACAUUGCUGAGAAGAUUAUACUUUGAGAUCGGAUGUUGAUACACAACAUGCACAUAAAUAAAUAAAUAAAUAAAUAAAUAUAUAUAUAUAUAUAUAUAUAUAUAUAUAUAUAUAUAUACAUAC